AUGGAAGAAAUGGAUGUACUGUAUGAUAUCAUAGUUGAAAAUCCUUCCAAAAUUAACGAAACAAUAUUCGAGGCUGUCGAAACUCCCCUCGCAGCAUCCACGCCAAAAAGGAAACCUUCCUGGAGCGACUUAGAACAGAGUGUUUUAAUUGAAUUUGUUUCAAAAAAUGAGCAGAAACUUUUUGGAAAGUUUAAAGGACCGGGGAGGGGAAAAGUAGAGAGAGAAGCUGCCUGGGAGGAUGUAGCAAGAGCUGUAAACGAGUUUAAUAUGUAUUUACUUUCGGACAGGAAGGAGGCAUCAAAGCAGUAUGCCAAUUUGAAAGCCAGAGCAAAGGACAAACUGUCCCAAAUUGAAAGACCCAAGACAGGUGGAGGUCCAAAGCCCCCAUCCUCAACCCCUGUUGAGCAAGCCAUUUUGGAUACUUUGGAGGGAAGGCCGUCCUUGCAGGGAUUAGACUCGGGUUUUGAUUCUGGUGAAUUAGAGAAGGAAAGGGAUCAGGUGGAAUCCAUCUCAACAUGCAGCGAGGGUCAAGAUUCAUCUUCAGACUGGUACACCUCAGUGCCACCUCGCUCUAAUUAA